UUCUUUUGUGAUUACGACGAUCAAAUCCGGCGCUUUGAAUCGGAUUUGGCAAGGAGUUUGACUGAUUGCGAAUAUUAUUCUUGGUCGACGAAACUUGCAGUAACGGAGAAGAAUAAGUCAUGAGAAGAGCAAAAAGCUUACCUCAGCUUUCCACUUCAAUUGAAAAUGAGGAAAUUACGGUAUUCCUAAAGAGUACAAGAAGAAGCUUGAAUUUUUUAUGCGUGAAUGAAGCUCCACCAGAGGAUAGUGUAGGAACUGUAGAGUUUAUCUUAUCGUCAUUUUGGGAAACAGCACGUUGUGCAAACUGUGGUAGAAAGAUCCUAUUUAAAAUGAAGCCAAGUCUGGAAAUGAACAACAGGAGUUUUUGUAGUCUUGACUGUUAUUCAACCAAGAUGCUUCAAGAUGAAGAGUUAUUUGUACAAUGACUUUUGGAGGAGUUUCUAUAUUUAUGAGACAAUUUCUUGUCCUUGAUACGAUUCUUUAUUGGCUUUUGAAAGAAUUGAAUCUAUGUUUAUAUAAGCUUUUAGAUAACAUCAUUCACAUUUCUGCAUAUUCGCAAUUCCUUUCACCUGCAGCAGAGCACAAGUCUCAAGGAAGAAGAUUUUCUUAUAAACCUACCCUUUAUACU